CCUGUGUGGGUUGGCUUCCUUGGUGGAGACAGACCGCCAUUAGUGGAAGGAGUGUUGCAGUGUCUGUAUUGUAAGGGCCAUAUCUUCCCAGUGGGCCGUUCCCCCGUGGUGUCCGUGGGUUGGAGGAUGCCGGGGAGUGCCAGGUGUGAGUAGCGGUGCCAGACAUGCCCCGCAGCGCCCUACAACAGGAGUAAAUAGCGACAAUCACAGCCACCGACCAAGAUGGCACAGUCUGUGAAUUGUUCUCUGGACGACAUCGACCUCGGUGCUCUCAAUGACCCGGCCGGCAUAUUUGACUUAAUUGAGGUGGUCGGCAAUGGAACCUAUGGCCAAGUGUACAAGGGUCGUCACACCAAAACGGGGCAGUUGGCGGCCAUUAAAGUUAUGGAUGUCAAUGAGGAUGAAGAGGAAGAGAUAAAACUUGAGAUCAAUGUGUUAAAAAAGUUCUCGCACCACCGCAACAUUGCCACCUACUACGGGGCGUUCAUCAAGCAGAUGCCGCCGGGGAAGGAUGACCAGCUGUGGCUCGUCAUGGAGUACUGUGGGGCCGGCAGCGUCACAGAUCUGGUCAAGUCUACGAAGGGCCAGUGUCUGAAGGAAGAGUGGAUUGCGUACAUAUCAAGGGAGAUUCUUCGUGGCCUCUCUCAUCUCCAUUCCAGCAAGGUCAUCCACAGAGACAUCAAGGGUCAGAAUGUCCUGCUUACUGACAACGCUGAGGUCAAACUAGUUGACUUUGGUGUGAGUGCGCAGCUGGACCGCACCAUAGGGAGGAGGAACACCUUCAUUGGCACCCCGUACUGGAUGGCGCCGGAGGUGAUAGCGUGCGAUGAGAACCCAGAGGCAACAUACGACAACAGGAGUGAUCUUUGGAGCCUUGGGAUCACGGCGCUGGAGAUGGCAGAGUCGCAGCCCCCCCUCUGCGACAUGCACCCCAUGCGAGCCCUCUUCCUCAUCCCUCGGAACCCCCCACCUAGAUUCAAAAACGGGAAGAAAUGGAGCAAGAAAUUCCACUCGUUCAUCGAUAGUGUUCUUGUUAAGGACUACCACCAGAGGACCUACACUGACCAACUCCUCAAACACCCCUUCAUCCGUGAUCAGCCCACAGAGAGACAGAUUCGCAUUCAACUUAGAGACCACAUAGACCGCUGUAAAAAACACAAACUCAAAGCUGACAGACAAGAGACAUUCAACUACAGUGGAUCAGAUAAUGAGGAGGAGGAGACGGCACAGGCUGGGGAACCUUCCUCCAUCAUCCAGGCCCCUGCUGGAGACACACUUAGACGAAACUUUAUGCAAAUACAGGAACACCAGAGAAACGGAGGAAAGAAGGAAAAGGAGGAAAUACCCGAGCCAGGCCCCUCCCGGCCACCCCUACCCCCUCGAAUACUAAGCCAAGAGCAGGCCCCACCACAGCGGCCCCUCCCCCCACCACCACAAGUGCGCGACCACCACCAGGCUGCUCCUCUCAAACCGGUCACCCCACCACAGAUACACUCAAGAGAGCCUAGAGAAAGUAGAAACGCGCACAUGAACAAACCACAGCAGUCUUCGCAGGGCCAAACCAGGAAGCCAGAGCAUCACUCACAGAGACUUCAGGACCUGGACAUGCUCGCGCAGCACUUGAACGAGCUGGGCGCGGUGACAGGCGACCGCGACAGAGCUGAGCGGGACCGGGCCGAGCGGAACGAGAGAGAGCGAGCGGAGAGAGACCGGGAGAGAGAAAGGGAGAGAGCAGAGAGGGAACGAGAACGAGAGCGCGAGAGGGCGGAGCGGGAGAGAGAGUGGGAGCGUGAGAGGGAAAGGGAGAGGGAGAGAGAGAGGGAAAGGGAGAAGAGAGAUCAGGAUAAGAGUCGGCAGAAUGGAGGCAACAAACACGAGUCUCCCGCAACACAACCGCCGCUCAUCGAGGAAGACUCCAGUGACGACGACCCGGAUGAAAGAGUGAGGAACGACGGCACACUGCUCGCCUCAGACCCACCCAAGCCUCUGUUCGACUAUUCCACUUUCAGACCUAUAGAGGGAGCCCUGCCACACACCGCCCUGCAAGGUCCCCCUCCAAACAGACCCUCCCCACCCCUGACGAUGGUGACUCCGCAGGGGUGUGGUAGUGAGGACAGUCCUGCCACACCCCAGGACGGCCCCGACACCCCCCCUACCACCACCACCACCACCACCACUACUACCGUCACCACCACCCCCAGCACUACCACCACCACCACCACCUCCUCCUCCGUCACCACAACCACCACGCACACCAGCAGUAGUGGUGGUGGUGGUGGUGGUGGCGGCGGCGGUGGUGGUGGUGGGGGGCGGAGUGGCAAGGCGGCCCCACCACAGCGGCGUGCCAGUCGUGACUUGGGCGGCAGCAGCAGCAGCAGCGGUGGUGGUGGCGGCGGUGGUGUGCGUGGUGCGCCGCGGCCGCUGGUGCACCAGGCCAGCGCUGGUGACCUGGAGGUGUUGAGUCACCGCCACCGCCGCAACGACUCAGACUCACGCCUGGGCUUGCUGCGGCGCCACCACACAGACCUGGCGCCGCCGCUGCCCUCUGCCGCCGCCGCCGCCGUGCGCCGGUCCGAGCUGUGCCGCAGCGGGCGGCUGGACCCUGGCGGCGAGCCGUUGCUGACGGACUUCCUGGCUGGGAGCGGCGAGGGGCGCGGCGAGCUGCGGCGCCAGGCCUCGCUGGACGGGGAGCUGCCCAGCAGCGGCGGCGGUGGUGGGGGGGCGGGGGCGGGGCGGGUGGAGUGGGGACCGCGGCGGGAGAAGACGGACGUGGACCUGCGCCGCGCCGAACUGCGCGCCGACCUGGAGCGCUGGAGGGGCAGCCCCCGGGGGGACGCCCCACAGCCACAGGAGCAGCGGACACGGGCAGUGGAGUCUUCCCCUGGGGCCAGCAUCCCCAGCUCUCGCACUUCCUCUGUCCUCCCAGACCUUCUCCCUCAGGCUAGCAACUCUCCUAAUGGGUCGAGAAAUGAUAAAUCCACAAGCGAAGAGUAUCGGCAAGCCAUGAUGGGUAAGGGUGUUCAUCCACAACUACAGAACAAGCAGCGGUCCUUCAUGGCGUUUGGCUUCGGAGCGGACCAGUCUCGGAGGGAGUCCUACAUCAGCAUCAAUGUGGCCCCGACUUCCCAUGAGGUGAACGACACGCCAGAGAUCAGGAAGUACAAGAAGAGGUUCAACUCGGAGAUUCUUUGUGCCUCGCUAUGGGGCGUCAACCUCCUGAUAGGCACAGAAAAUGGGCUGAUGUUGCUGGACCGGUCCGGCGUGGGGAAGGUGUACCAGUUGAUCUCUCGCCGGCGUUUCCAGCAGAUGGAGGUGUUGUCGGAUCAAAACAUUCUCGUCACCAUCUCGGGAAGGAAAAAUCGCGUGCGGGUGUAUUACCUCUCCUGGCUUAAGUCCAAGAUAUUAAGGACUGAUGCUCAACAAGUGGAGAGACGCAAUGGGUGGAUCAACGUGGGAGACCUCCAUGGUGCGGUUCACUUCAAGCUUGUCAAGUACGAGAGGAUAAAAUUUCUUGUCAUCGCUCUCAGGGAUUCCAUUGAAAUCUAUGCCUGGGCACCAAAACCUUACAACAAGUUCAUGGCUUUCAAGAGCUUCCCCUAUUUGCCCCAUCGUCCCUGUCUGGUGGACCUGACAGUGGAGGAAGGGUCCAGACUGAAGGUGAUCUAUGGCUCCACCCAGGGCUUCCACGCUGUUGAUGUGGAUUCAUGCCAAGAGUAUGACAUUUAUCUGCCCAAACAUAUUCAGGGAGACAUCACACCACACACCAUCAUCACACUCCCCAAUAGCAACGGUCUGCAGCUCCUCAUCUGUUAUGACAACGAGGGGGUAUAUGUCAACACCAAUGGCAAGGUGACUAAAAAUGUGAUUCUGCAAUGGGGUGAGAUGCCGACCUCCGUGGCAUUCAUCGGCACUGGGCAGAUCAUGGGCUGGGGGAACAAGGCCAUAGAAAUCCGGUCGGUGGAGACGGGGCAUCUCGAUGGGGUCUUUAUGCACAAGAAGGCACAGAAGUUGAAAUUUUUAUGCGAGAGAAACGACAAGGUGUUCUUCUCCUCUGCCAAAGGUGGGUCGUCUUGCCAAAUCUACUUCAUGACUCUGAACAAACCUGGAAUGGCGAACUGGUAGAAACAACACCAGCAACAUUGCCACCACCACACCACCACCACCACCACCAAGGCAACGCUGGAACACACUGGGACAUGUCAGGCUGUACUGGGAUGCGCUGGGCUACACCACACCACACCACACCAUACAAUACCACUACUACACCACUUUAUAUUGCUACAACACCACACCAUGCCCAGCCACACACACCCACAAGAGAAAGAACCACCACCACCACCACCACCACUACCACCACAGUGGAUAGUUA